GCCCAGGGCAGCCGGCCGGUAUAUCGCGAUCACGCCCCCUCUACAAAAAUGGCGAACCUCAGUGUCAGAGAUGGCAAAAGAAAUGCAAGAUCUCCCCCCACCGAAAAUAUCAAUCCUGAUAUUGCAGAAGAGAGGGAAAAUGCCAAAUUUGAUCCAAUAGAACUGACCUACGUUAUUGAUGGAGGGAAAGAAAAAACAGAAAGGCGUCGAUUUUUAGAAUCGGAGGCCUUGAACGAUCCUGUCUUUGACGAUCCAGCGGACAUCGCCUUCUUGACGGACGAGCAGCGACACACUAACAGUGUGAGGAAAUCUCUUCACAUGGUACGCAGGCUUCAGGAAAUGGAAAUCACCAACCACAUGGAGUCCCACUGGUUUAGAGUAGCAAUGACCGUAUUAGAGCCUUUAUCACUGGGUCUCCAUGCAUCCAUGUUCAUGAACACUAUUACCAACCAGAUGACCGAAGAGCAGAGGUCAAUAUGGGAACCUGCUGCCAAGAAUUUUGAGUGUAUUGGGACGUACGCUCAAACCGAGCUUGGCCAUGGAACCUUUUUGCGUGGACUCGAGACAACAGCCACUUAUGACCCAACGACUCAAGAGUUUGAGAUCCAUUCACCUACCCUCACCUCCAUGAAAUGGUGGCCUGGGAACUUGGGUAAGACAGCUACUCACGCCAUCGUAGCUGCCCAGCUCUACACCAAAGGUAGCCGCAUGGGAGUUCACAUGUUCAUGGUGCCGCUACGCAGUCUAGAGACCCACCUUCCUCAUCCUGGUGUUGAACUGGGAGACAUCGGACCAAAGCUCGGCUAUAACAACAUUGACAAUGGCUUCCUGCGUUUCAACCACUAUCGUAUCCCCAUAGAGAACAUGUGCAUGAGACAUUCAAAGGUCAUGCCAGAUGGUACGUAUGUGCCUCCGCCUCACAAGAAGAUCAGCUACGGCAGCAUGUUGCCAAUUCGCAGUGGGAUCGUGGGCAACACAGGUUGGUACUUGUCCAAGGGUUCCACCAUAGCGACGAGGUACAGCGUUGUGAGGCGACAGUCUGAACUCAUUCCUGGAACCAAAGAAGCCAAGAUCCUGGACUACCAGAGCCAGCAACUGAAGAUCUUCCCCAACCUUGCCACGGCCUUUGCCUUCAUCUUCACUGGACGCGAGAUGAUGAAGCAUUACUUUGAGAGCCUGGCCGAGAUGGAUGAGGGAAACUAUAGCUCCCUACCAGAGUUGCAUGCCACCUCAGCGGGACUGAAGGCUUUCACAUCCUCUGUGAUGGCCAGUGGCCUGGAGGAGCUCCGGACGUCCUGUGGUGGCCAUGGCUACUCCAAGGCCAGCGGCUUCCCAGAGCUCUACGGCACGGCGGCCCCAGCCAGUACCUAUGAGGGAGAGAACACUGUUAUGUUCCUGCAGACAGCCAGGUACCUGAUGAAGGUGGCCAGACAGGCUGGGUCAAAAGAUAAGCUGGUGGGUUGUGCUGCUUACCUCCAGGCAGAUCUACCACCUCGAUGCUUGGCUAAGAGACAGAUUGAUUUCCUCAGACAGGACAUCUUGGUGGAUGCCUACAAACAUAGGGCCAAGAGUGUCGUGAUGUUAGCAGCAAGAAGACUCGGCGAAGAGCUUAAGAAGGGUCAUUCUCAACCCAUCGCUUGGAAUAAUUGCCAUAUGUAUCUUGUCAAGGCUGCAAUGGCCCAUUGCCACCUGUACUGUGUGGAGAGCUUCUUUGAUGGGGUCAACACCAGUGAAACUUCACAGCCAGCGUUGGAUGCUCUCAUGACACUAUGCCAGUUCUAUGCCAUCUUCGGGAUCAGCCAAAACAAAGGAGAUCUGCUACAGGAUGGUUAUAUGAAUGGUGAGCAACUGAACAUGUUGGAGCGUCAGCUGAUAGACCUGCUAGCGGUGAUCCGACCCAUCGCUGUGACCCUGGUGGAUGCCUUUGAUGUUCCUGAUAAGAUGCUUAGCUCAGUGCUUGGACGCUAUGACGGCAACGUCUAUGAGAACCUCUACGAGUGGGCCAAGAGUUCUCCCCUAAACAAGAAAGAGGUUCCUGAUGCUUACAAGUACAUUGGACCAUUCCUGCGGGAGAACAUAGCAAAUUCCAAGCUGUAAACCAAGAAGAUGUAUUCUUAGCAGCUAAAAUGGGCUUCCCCACAGACAGUAAGCAACAAUUGCAUAGUUUGAUUUUGAGGGACGAUUCACAUAUGGUAUUGAAUUCAUGGCGUUGAUAGCCAUUUCAUUCUGAAAUAUAUUGUUAUUACAGUAAUCCCUGAUAAUACAGGGAGUAUAUUUCAAAUUGGCAAUCCAUGAUAUCAUGUGAUGGCAAAUAGAAAAAGAUGUGUUUUUAUAACUGACAAUGACAAAAUAUUGCUUUACUUGAAAGCCAGGCUUUUCUUUUAUCGUACGUACGGGCAAGCUUUAAGCCUCUACUCUGUCAAGUUAAUAUUUCUUGUGAUCCUAUGAGUCAUGACUGACCCUUUGUGACCCUGUUGAUGAUGGUUCUUCAGAGUAUUCUCUCUUGAGCCAUUCAAUAGGCUGAGAUGAGUGAUUGACCUGCUGUUUACUCUCUUAUUCUGGCGAUCCAUCUAAGCUUCUGUCCACCUCAUCUCUUUUAUCCUUAAUAGACAUAUAUAUUUGUAUGUCUUACAUAAUUAAAAUGCCAUUUGAUGAAAUUUAAUAGGCAUUUAUUUGGAAUACAUACCUCUCAUAUGACAAUAUUAUGGUGCCAGUUUAUAAGUGGUUUUUAUCGUUGACGUUAUAUCUUACAGAUUGUGUAGAGCUAUCUUAUAUGUUGAUCACUCAAAGAUGAAGAAAGAAAUGUUUCAUACAAAAGGUUUAAUUGUCCCUUUAUAUCUUUUAAGUGCUUCUCAAAAGAGAUCUGUCUGCUUCCUUGUUUGUUUCUUUAAGUGUAGUUUAAGCAACAAAAGAAAAAAAUAUAUAUUUGAGUAGUUUUUUACAAUUCCAUUACUUAAAGAUAUAUAUAUAUAUAUAUAUAUAUAUAUAACGAAAAUCUUGUUCAUGACCAAUAAUGACUGUGUAUCAACAACAUGAAGUAUGUACUGCAUUGUACAAUUCUAUUUUGAAAUGAUGACUAUUGUCUGUGCCAUUGUGAUUUCAGUGAAUGUAUCAUGGAAUAUUGAGCAAAACAUUUUGUAGUUAGUGGUACUAUACUUCAAGUUGCAUACAUGCAUUUAUAAUGAAUGGGACAUUUUGAGAAUUAUCUGAUCUUUGAUCUUGAAGCCAGAGUAGUCUAUGAAGAUUGGCAUGAUACCAUGAUUAUGCUUGUGUAAUGCAAUAAUUAAAUGACUGCCAAAGCAUUGUUGGAUGAAUGGAUGAACGGAUGGAUGAAUGGAUGAAUGAAUGGAUGGACAGAUAAUUUCAUCUGUUGAGAACCUGAAGGGUUAAAACUUUUUGAUAAAGAAUUUUAUUCAAGUCCCUUUUGAAUUCCAGCAGACUGUUUGUAUUUAAAUAAAAAUUGAUGAUUUUACCUCCUACCAAAGACAUCAUUUGCCAUGGAUGGGAAUUCUUAUGCUACAAACUUUAAAAAAUCUUUAUC